AUGGGUGCUGGUACAGUUUUAGUAUUUCAAUGGCUACUUCUUCUAGUAUUCUCAAUUCUUGCCAUGGCAAAACCAAACAAUAAUCUUCCCGGUUCGAGAAGAAACCUAGGACAAGACGAUGAUGCCAUAUCAUCAUCUGCCUUGCAAAUGUUUUACUAUAACCAGACACUCGACCAUUUCAACUUCCAACCUCAAAGCUUUGCAACAUUCCCACAGAGGUAUAUGAUCGAUUCUACAUACUGGGGAGGAGCAGAUAAGAACGCCCCCAUUUUCGUGUAUCUUGGAAAUGAAAUGUCACUUGAAGGCACCUUAACCUAUCUCGGUUUUCUCUCUGACAAUGCUCCUGGCUUCAAAGCUCUAAUAAUUUAUAUAGAGCAUAGAUUCUAUGGGAAAUCAGUUCCUUCCGUAUCACAAAGAGAAGCACUCAAGAAUGAAACUCUCCGGGGUUACUUUAACUCAGCUCAAGCUCUAGCAGAUUAUGCAGAAUUGCUGCUCUACCUCAAAAAGGAAUUAUCAGCAACAUAUUCUCCUAUCAUCGUUGUUGGAGCAUCAUAUGGAGCAAUGCUGACAACUUGGUUUCGACUGAAGUAUCCACAUAUCGCUGUGGGCGCCUUGGCAUCAUCAGCACAAUUUCUUUUGUUGGACGACAAUAUCCCACAAGAUGCAUUCUAUCGAACUGUUUUCGACGAUUUCCAAGAAUCCAGCCAAAGUUGCAGUGAAACGAUUAAGGCGUCAUGGGAUGAAAUUCAUAAAGUGGCUUCAAAGCCUGAUGGCCUUUCAAGUUUAAGUCAAAAAUUCAAGACUUGUAGGAAAUUAAAUAACGUGUCUGAAAUUGUGACGUAUUUAAAGCAUAUGUAUUAUCAAUCUGCUACAUUUGACAUGCCACCAACUGAUGUAAUAUGUCGUGCCAUCGAUGGGGGUUCAAAAGGAAUUGAUGUUCUGGGUCAGAUAUUUUCUGGCAUCGUGGCCUUCGAAGGCGAAAGCUCUUGUUAUCUAAAUGAGAGCAAACAGCUACAAAAUGAAGAUGAUACAGACUUAGGUUUGGGUUGGCAGAGUUGCAGCGAUUUGGUAUUCAAAUUCAAUUACUUUGGCGUUGAUACUUCGUUCCCACCACCUCCAUUUCAUUUGGAAAGUUACAUAAAAAAUUGCGAGAGCUUAUAUGGUUUGCCUCCAAGACCCUAUUGGAUGAACGAUUAUUUUGGAGUUCACGACAUGAAGCUUGUGCUGAAAAGAUUUGGAAGUAACAUUAUCUUCACUAGUGGUUUGAGAGAUCCUUGGAGUACUGGAGGGAUUCUGGAAGACAUAUCACACAGUAUAGUAGCCAUUGUUACAAAGAAAGGAGCACAUGCGUCGGAUGUACUUAAGGCUCGCAAAACAGAUCCAGAAUGGUUGGUGAAGCAGCGCAAUAAAUCGCUUAAGAUCAUUGAGGGAUGGAUCACAAAGUAUUAUGACGACCUUCAAUUCGUGCCUUAA